AUCUGGAUGGGCAGAGCGUGGACCAGCCUCCACACUGCAGAGGGAGGUGGUACCAGCAGGCUGACGUUGGACUAAUGAGUCCAGGUGGCUGUUGAGGAGAAGCAAGGGCUCUUCAAGACGGUCUCCUGCUUUUGUCCUGGACAUCAGGUAAACCAACCCUGACAGCACAUUUUAUCUCUGGCCAAGGAAAAUAAGAAGGCACCUGGCACUGUGCAAUGAAGCUCAGGAGUCUCUUCAUCGCUCUGUCUUGGAUGUGCGUACUUUUAAACCCAUGCCAGUCCCAAGAGGAACAUGAUGAUAAGCCUAAUAUAGUCCUGAUCGUGGUUGAUGACCUUGGGAUUGGGGACCUGGGCUGCUUUGGCAAUGACACAAUCAGGACACCUAACAUUGACCACCUAGCCAGGGAAGGCGUGAAGCUAAAUCACCACAUCUCUGCGGCCCCCAUGUGCACCCCAAGCCGGGCUGCCUUCCUCACAGGAAGAUACCCCAUCCGAUCAGGAAUGGUUUCUGACACAGAUAACCGUGUCAUUAUCACACUUGGAGCCCCUGCUGGACUCCCUCAUAAUGAGACGACGUUUGCAGCCUUACUGAAGAAGCAAGGGUAUACCACGGCAGUGAUAGGCAAAUGGCAUCAAGGCUUACACUGCCAGUCCCGACAUGACCAGUGCCAUCAUCCGUCUCAUUAUGGAUUUGAUUACUUCUAUGGCAUGCCAUUCACUCUGAUAGACCCCUGCUGGCCAGAUCCCUCUCGUGACACAGAAUUAGCCAUCGGGAGCAAAGUCUGGUUUUGUGUGCAGCUGGUCGCCAUUGCUGUGCUCACUCUCACCUUGGCAAAACUGUGUCACUUGAUCUCUCUUCCCUGGUCCCUCAUCCUCUUUAUGAUCCUUUUUAUUUUUCUACUGGGCUACUUUUGGUUCUCCAGUUAUACGUCUGCUCUGUACUGGGAUUGCCUCCUCAUGCGAGAACAUGACAUCACCGAGCAGCCCAUGAAGGCAGAGCGAGCUGGUUCCAUCAUGGUGAAGGAAGCGAUUUCAUUUAUGGAAAGGCACCGCGAAGGACCUUUCCUCCUUGUUUACUCCUUUCUGCAUGUACACGUGCCUCUCCCCACGACAACCGAGUUCAUCGGCACCAGCAAGCAUGGCUUAUAUGGGGACAACGUGCAGGAGAUGGACUCCAUGGUGGGCAAGAUUCUCGAUGCCAUCGAUGAUUUUGGUCUGAAGAACCACACGCUUGUCUACCUUACAUCGGACCACGGGGGGCAUUUGGAGGCACACGUGGGCCAUUCCCAGCGUGGUGGGUGGAACGGAAUAUACAAAGGUGGGAAAGGCAUGGCCGGCUGGGAAGGUGGAAUCCGCGUUCCAGGACUUGUCCGCUGGCCAGGAAGAUUGCCAGCUGGGAAAGUGAUCGAGGAACCUACAAGUCUAAUGGACAUGUUCCCCACACUAGCAGCCGUGUCGGGAAGCACGGUCCCUCAGGACAGACACUGGAUGGCUUUCACCGGGGAGGAAAAGACCGAUUCUAAUGUCUCCUUCUUCAUGCAAGGGACCUCAUCUCUUUCUGAAACAAAAUGCAAUGGAUCCCAACGCGAGGCAGUGUGGAAGGUUCAUUACGUGACACCCGUGUUCCAGCCGCCGGGAGCUCAUGCCUGCUAUGAGACCAUCUAUUGCCCAUGUUCAGGGAACCUGGUCACCUACCAUGACCCUCCCCUGCUUUUCGACAUCACCAGGGACCCCUCCGAGUCCACACCUCUGACGCGGGACACGGAGCCCUCGUUUGAUGUCGUGAUCCAAACGGUGGCCAAUGCAGUGAAGGAACACAAGAGAAGCAUCAUCCCCGUCCAACAUCAGUUGACCAGCUUGAAUUAUGACAACCUAUGGCUGAAACCUUGCUGUGGUGUGUUCCCGUUCUGUCUGUGUGACACGGAGGGGGGGACCUCAGCUGCAGGGGCAUAAGGAGAAGCAACGAUUGAGACUGGGGAGCCCACAUCAGCCGACGUAGGCACCCGCAAAGUUUCAAGGGAGGAAUUGGAGCGCCAGUGGGUUCGUCUAACACUCCGGUUUCGUAAAUGCCCAUUGGUUGUGACGCUGUCUGUUAACUUCUUUUCUGCUCUUGGUGAUAGCUGUGUAUCUAAAUGUGUCUUUUGCAAACAAGCAUUCACACCAUUCGGCCAAAUCGGCUCUGCUGCUCUCCAGAGCAAACUGUCCCUGUAAUGUCCUGUGCGCAUCUAACUCGUUGAUUGGGAAAGGGAAAAUGCCAACCAUUAAAGCAUAAUAAUUGAACUCAC